AUGUUUAUGAAUUUCAUUAAAGAAGCCAUUUGUGAUAAUAACGAUGAAGUGUAUAAAUACCUUCUCGGCUGGAUUGCAUCAAUGAUUCAACAUCCUGGAAUCAAGAAUGAAACAGCAAUUAUUUUGAAAGGACUUCAGGGAACAGGUAAAAACAGAUUUACAGACAUUAUUUCUGAACUCCUCGCUGGUUAUUCAUGUAAAAACAUUACUGAAAUAAGUGAGCUAACGGGUAAUUUCAACUCAGUAGUUGAGAAUAAAAUGUUUCUUGUACUUAAUGAACUCAAGAAUGUUGGUGAAGACAGACUCGCAAACUUCAACGCUUUGAAAUCAAUUAUAACGGAUAAUCAAAUUAGAAUUAAUGAAAAGAAUCAACCCAGAAGAACUGCUCAGAAUGUUGCAAACUUCAUUUUCGUAACUAAUAACGUCUACCCUGUCAAAAUUGAAGUUGGAGACAGAAGAUAUGUAGUUUUAAGGGUUAAUGGUAAAUUCAAAGGUCAAUUUGAUUACUUCAAGAAUUUGAUGAAUUCAUGCACAAAGGAAUUUUAUGAUAACCUUUUAACAUAUUUUAUCAAUUACGACCUUUCAUCAUUUAAUGUACGAAUCAUACCGAUGACUGAAGCCAAACAAGAUUUAAUUGAAUUAUCAACAAAUCCUUUAGAUGUAUGGAUAAAUACACAUUAUGAUGAAUUGUGUGCAGGUAUGACAUGUAAAAAUGCUCUAUUCUGCAAACCAUCAGACAUGAAAGACAAAAACUUUCAAAUGAGCAUUAAGGAUAAAUGUGAUAGGAAACAGAGAAGAAUAGAUGGUAAACAAACAUGGUGUUAUGUUUUGAAAGAAGAAAUGAAAGGAUUAUAUAAACAAAUUGAACCAAACGAUAAUGAGGAAUCAUUUACUGACGAUGAAAUACCUGUAAAUGAGGCAGUAUAA